AGUCAGUCCCAGUUUGGCCAAGAUGGAGGAACAGCUCCCGGCGCCGUACCACGUCAACACGUGGUUCUUCGUGUGCGGACCGCUGGCCGUCAACACCUUCUUACUGGGCCUUGCGGCCAACCUGCACGUCUUCAAGAAGCACAGCUUGGCCUUCGAUAGAGUCAUGGAUAUGCGGCCGGAUGAGGUGCCCACGGCUGGCGGCGUCUUCAAGACGGGGCUCUUCAUGUGUCUGGUGCAAUUGCUGCUCUUCAACGGAGAAGCGGCCCGGCGGAGCGACACUUUUGGAGUGGAUGAGACGCGAAUGGAGAUGCUACUAUUAGGCUACGCCAUCGUGGCGGCCUCGCUACUGCUGUGUCCGUUCGACGUCCUGCACUACAAGUUCCGCAUGUUCGUACUGCGUAAGCUGGCGCGCUGUUUCUGGCCCUUCCAGCAGUUCUCCUUCAAGCUGCCAGCGCACGCCACGCCCUUUAUUGAGGUGUUCAUGGCCGACGGGAUGACGUCGCUGUCCAAGUUCAUACAGGAUCUGUCAGUGGCGCUCAUGCUGCUGUUGAUGUCGUUCACCAGCGAGCCCGAGGACUUGAGAGAGUCCUACAUCUCCAAGCUCAAGAACUCGCCACUACCGUACUUCGCUGCGAGUACACCUUACAUUAUUCGAGCGACGCAGUGUUUAAUCUCGUUUCAACGGACACCAAGCGUGAACGAUCGGUUUCUUCACCUGUUAAAUACGAUGAAAUACUGCUCAAGUCUGCUAGUGAUCUCAGUGGGGGCGUAUCCGAUGCUGAUGGGUCUGUCACGACCCGAACAGAGCAGCUUCUUCUUGCUAUGUGCAGUGUUUAAUUCACUGUACUCGUUCCUAUGGGACGUCGUCAUGGAUUGGGGUCUCGGACAGCCCAAACUGCCUCACAGAGUGGCGUUCUUACGCCACCAAUUGACGUACCGACCACGCAAGAUCUACUACCUGGUUAUCGUUGUGGACUUCGUGCUGCGAAUUCUGUGGGUCACCAAGUGGUGGGAUUGGAUGCACCGCGGCGUGCACUUCAAGCUCGUCUCGCAGGUCGCAGAAGUCGUGCGUCGUAUCAUCUGGAACUUCGUGCGUGUCGAGUGGCAGUGUAUUAAACUGGACAUCCUGGCCACCAAGAAGCUCUCGGCGGAUACAGUGGAGCUUGACGAGAUUAUUGAAAAAGUGCCAUUAAUGCAAGAGCACGAAGUCGACGAAGACAAGCCCAGGAUGAGGACACUUAGUCGUCCAAAUUCAUUCGUUGCGGACGCUAGUGCCACCGAAACAAGUAGCACGCUCAGUCAAAGUCCUCUUCAAGACGAUAUCGAGGAAGAAAUGAUCACCCCCGCUGCCAUUACAGUCGCUAGCUACCCAGAGAAGCCGCAGGCGAUGCUGGUGAGCCAUGGGGACGCGCAUCACCGACGAGAACCGAGUCCGAAUAAAACCACCGAAGGAAAUGAGGCAGAUAACUUGUAAAAUUGAAAAAGAAAUAGAUGCUCCAAAUUAAACGCAGCGCAGAUUUUAAACUUCUCCCACUUCUGUUUAAAACAGUUUAAUGCACAUCAG